ACUUUUUUUCCAAAAUGGAAAGCCACCUAUUGCUUUGUGUUCUGUUAUUGAUUCCUGCCUUUGCAUCGUCAGACUUUUUGGUAACACAUGUCAGAAACAUUAAGAAGCGAAAUUCUGAUAAUGACUUGGUUGUCAAUGGGAUAGAAAUCUAUAGAAUGAAAAUUGAUAGUAAAGUAACUUCCCGCUUUGCCCACAAUGUCAUCACCAGUCGAGCCGUCAAUCGUGGAAAUAUACACAAAGAAGUCUUCUUCGAUGUUGAGCUCCCUAAGACAGCCUUCAUUACAAACUUCAGCAUGACAAUUGAUGGCAUCACUUAUCCUGGAAAUAUAAAAGAAAAAGAAGCUGCCAAGCAGCAGUAUGAGAAAGCUGUUUCAAGGGGACAGACUGCUGGUCUUGUCAAGGCUUCGGGAAGGAAAACAGAAAAAUUCACUGUUUCAGUCAACAUCGCAGCAGGCAGUAAAGUCACUUUUGAACUCACGUAUGAAGAACUACUGAAGAGACACUUUGGAAAAUAUGAGAUGUUCAUCAAAGUAAAACCGAAGCAGCUUGUCAAAGAUUUUGAGAUUGAAGUAAAUAUCUUUGAGCCACAGGGUAUCAGUGAGCUGGAAGCAGAAGGAACAUUCAUCACCAAUGAUCUGCAAAAUGUCAUAAAGAAAUCUUUCUCACAUAAGAAGGGGCAUAUCUCUUUCAAGCCAACUCUUGAUCAACAGCGAACCUGUGAAAAUUGCUCACAGUCACUCCUGGAUGGAGAUUUUAUUGUUAAGUACGAUGUGAAGAGAACAACUCCAGAUAAUCUGCAGAUUGUCAAUGGCUACUUUGUACACUUCUUUGCACCAACUAAUCUUCCAAAGUUGCCCAAGAACGUUAUUUUUAUAAUAGAUAUUAGUGGCUCAAUGAGUGGAAGAGAAAUAGAACAGACAAGAGAAGCACUUCUAAAAAUCUUAGAUGAUAUUAAAGAAGAUGACCACUUCAAUUUCAUACUGUUUGGUAGCGAUGUACACAUCUGGAAAGAAACAUUAAUCAAAGCCACUCCUGAAAAUUUGGAUGAAGCAAGAAAGUUUGUUCGGAGCAUUGAUACUGAAGGCAUGACAAAUUUAUAUGGUGGUAUAAUGAAAGGAAUUGAUAUGCUGAAUGCUGCACAUGAAGGAAACCUUGUGCCCAAGAGAAGUGCUUCAAUAAUUAUCAUGUUAACAGAUGGCCAACCAAAUGUAGGCAUAUCAAAUACUCAGGACAUUCAGACACAUGUGAAAAAAGCCAUUGAAGGAAAAUAUACUUUAUACAAUCUUGGUUUUGGCUAUGGUGUUGAUUACAACUUCUUGGAGAAGAUGGCACUGGAAAAUAAAGGAUUGGCCCGUCGGAUUUAUCCUGACUCUGAUUCAGCUUUACAACUCCAGGGUUUUUAUGAUGAGGUGUCCAAUCCUAUGCUCCUGGAUGUGGAAUUAAACUACCCGGAAAAUGAAAUUGAGGAUGUAACUAAAAACAGUUUCAAGCAUUUCUAUGAUGGGUCUGAGAUUGUGGUGGCUGGGCGCUUUAGAGACAUCAACCAAAACAGUUUGACAGUAGAUGUAAAAGGUGAAGGUGCUAAUGAUGUCCUAUCAUUUACUACACAACAAGAUAAGGAACAAACAGCAGAAGUUUUCCAAGAACAGGAAUAUAUAUUUGGAGAUUUCAUUGAAAGGCUUUGGGCUUAUCUCACCAUUGAACAGCUCCUGGAAAAACGCAUUGCAGCUACAGGAGAAGAAAAGGAGAAUUUUACAGCUAAAGCCCUAGAUCUAUCACUAAAAUACAAAUUUGUGACACCACUGACGUCCAUGGUGGUAACAAAGCCAGAAGGCAACGAAAAUCAAGCAGCGAUUGCCGAUAAACCUACUGAAGCUCAAGCUCGGGGUGCCCCAAUAGUUGCACAGGCUUCACCAGCACACUAUGUACAUGCAUCAAGCCCUACAUGGUAUACUAGUGUUGAUGGAGAUCCACACUUCAUUAUAUCAGUGCCACAAAAAGAAGAUGCCAUUUGUUUCAAUAUCAAUGAAAACCCAGGUGCUGUGUUAAGUUUGAUAAAUGACCCAGUUACAGGCAUCACAGUAAAUGGAGAACUCAUUGGUGACAAGAAAGUAGAUAAUGAUGCAAAGAUCCAAAACACAUAUUUUGGAAAACUUGGCAUUGCAAACAAGCACCUGGAUAUAAAAGUGACAGUAACUCCUGAGAAGAUCACCAUUCAGAAUGAGACUGGAAAGACAACUUUCACCUGGCUUGACUCGGUCACAUUGAAACAAGAAGGUUUAACUUUGAUAAUUAACAAGAAAAAAAGUCUGAUGCUCUCAAUGAGCAGCAGUGCAUCUUUUGUUAUAGUUUUGCACCAAGUAUGGAAGAAACAUCCUCUCCACAAGGAUUUCUUAGGACUGUAUACAUUGGAAAGUCAUAAACUGUCUGCACAGACGCAGGGAUUAUUAGGACAGUUUUUCCACCCCAUUGACUUUACCAUACUUGAAAUUCAUUCUGGGUCUGAUCCCAAGAAACCAGAUGCCACAAUGAUAUUUAAAAACAAGGAACUGAUAGUAACGAGGGGCUGGCAAAAGGACUACAGAAGAGAUCCUGAGCACGGCAUUGAUAUUCCUUGCUGGUUUGUUCAUAACAACGGAGCCGGGCUAAUAGAUGGUGUUCAUACAGACUACAUUGUUUCCAGUCUGUUUUAAACAACAACGCCUUCCAAAGUCAUGGAUACACAGAGUAUUUUUUUUCUGAAAUAAUAGUACUUUUCAGUGCUGAAGAAGUGUUAAAAAUACAUAAUCUUGCCUUGUAUGCCAGUGCCAAGAUGGAACAGAUUCAGAUCUUGAGAGUGACAGCAGUUCUGCUUGUAUGCAGAUCUGAUACCCCCAAUCCCCUAACAUAUGUUUAUUUUACUGUAUUAACUUACUGUUUUAAAAUUAUAACCUAGAAUUUUACAAAAUUAUAAGAAAAAUAUUCUUCCAAUUUUUAAUUAAUAGCUGAUUGUCAGGAGCAAUUUAAAUAAAAGCAUCAACAUUCAAUGGCUUGUUC